AUGAUAAUUUAUUUAAUGAGAUCAAAAACUACCAAAAUGGAAGGUAAGGGUCGGAAAUUAGGAACCACUGAUGAAAAUUAUGUAUCAUCGGGUAAAAAGACAUCACUCAAGGACAAGGUAUUCCACCACGACGACGCAUCGUACGGAUCGUCAUCCAAGGGUUCACGUCGUACCUCGGUCGAUUACAGAUCGGACCAGGAGAAGAGUUUGCAUCAACGUGCCGUCGACGACCAUGUCUAUGACGGCGACUUUGAUGAAUUCAACAGAAAGGCCAAGGCCAGCAGCUCAAAGGGAAAGGGCAAGGACAACCUCCGUGUCAACGACGACUAUGCCUCUGGAAGCCGUGUCAAUGAGAGUCACAUCAAGGACCCACGUGCCGCCAAGUACCACGACGAGUUUGGACGUACCCAAGUGCGUGGUGCAUUUGAUGCACCCAUCUUGGACCGUGCUGGAAACCCCAUCAACGCCGCCACCACCAAUGUCCCCGUCAUUGUCCAAAUGAAGCGUCACUUCAACUCGUUGGAGCGUCUUAUGGAGACACGUAUCUUCCGUGAGCGUACCGACGACCGUACCAAAAAGAUUAUCUACGACGUGCGUAAUAUCUUUGCCGACGCUAUCCUCAUCACCGAGACACGUGGCACCGACAAGCAGGUCAUGGAUAUCGCCAAGAACCUCAUGUCGUUUGGCACGGACCUCGGCAACGACGCCGAGCUCAAGACCAUGAUGACCGACUGGCGCCAGACCUUUGUCAAGCUCGCCACCGGCGACCAGAGCAAGGGCAUGUUGUCGACCGGUGGUCGUCUCUUUAGCGACCUGCGUUCGUCCGACUCGAUCAUCCGUCUCUUGGGUGAGGGUGCCAAGUUCCUCCACAUGCUCGUCCUCGACAGUAAGAACCCAUGUCUCGCCGAGCAACGUGAGAUUGUGUUUGAACUCUUUUUCAAGUCGUUUGGCACACUCUCCCAGAGCCAAGCAUGGCACGAUCUCCUCAGCGGCGGUCGCUCGUUCACCCAGGACAUUGGCAAGCAAGCCGAGCUCCAGUCCAAGAUCGCUGCCCCCAAGUUUAAGGCCAUCUCGGGCAACCAGAACCUCAACUCGCUCGGUGACAACAUCAAGAUCUUCUUGCAGUCGCUCAUCCGUGACAAGUCGGUCGCCGAUGUCGACAAGGUCGUCAUGUACGGCCAAGACUCGAUGGCCACCAUCCGUGCCAACCCCCAAUACACCCAGUUCUUUAACGACCUCCAACAAACCUCGAUGGAGAUCAUGGAGCGUCCCGAACUCAUGGACGACCCCGCCACCCGUAAGGUUCUCCGUGACAUGUAUGCUCGUGCCGAAGUCAUCAUCACCGAGACUCGCAACACCCCAGCUCUCCAAAAGUUUGCCUCUGAGAGCACCCUCCUCAAGGACGGUAUCAUGACCGACGAGCUCAACAGUCGUUUCUUCCAACACUGCAAGCAACUCUACCUCGAUCUCCACCCCGUCCCAGGUCGUUCUGCCAUCGACCUCAAGUUGAUGGGCGAUCUCAAGAUGCUCUUUGUUCCAUUCCUCCUCGAAGAGUUUAGAACCAUCUCUAUCCCCUCUCAAUCGGGUGUCUAUGCUCCAAAGGAUGUUGCCUAUCGUAUCGGAAACAUCAACCUCUCUUCCGUCGAACUUCUCCCCGAAAACAUCCAUUUCGAAAUUGCCCACAAAGCAAACACUGACCCGUACACUCUUUCCGUUCAUGAUCCAGAUACUAUUGUUUGGAUUGAAUUUACUGCAAUUCGUGCAAGAAUUGAACAAUUACAUUGGGCUUAUGAGAAACGUUCAGGAUUCCCAAAGUUGAGAGACAGUGGUUUGGCCGAUGUCUUUGUCGAUGGUAGAGGUAUGCGUGUUGGUGCCGAGGUACGUCUUAUUCGUAGCGGAGGCCAAAGAGUGACCCAGGUAUUGGACGCCUACUGUCACAUUGACAGAAUCCGUUUGAACUUGUCGCGUUGCAAGCACAGAAUCCUCUACAAGAUCAUCUACAAGUUGUUCUACAAGCGUAUCAAGAGCGGUAUUGAAAAGGCUGUUGCUGAAAAGUUGGCUCAAACCAUUGCCGAGACUGACUACAAGAUGGUUGCCAAGUUCAACAAUGCCAAGCAAGACUCUGCUCGUAAGAAGGCUCUUCUCAACCAACGUGUUGCCGCCUGGAAAUCAAAGAGCAAGGAAAAGGCCAACAAGAAGAAGGCUGGUAAUGCUGGAGACCAAUUCAUGGCCAAUCUCACCGGUAAGAAGGUCAACAACACUUACCCAACCGUUGCUCCUGCCCUUGACCGUGAUGUCCACCCAAUCCCAAACAAUGAGAUCCUCCACACCACCCAAAUGGCUCCAGUCACCCAAAUGGCCACUCAAACCACCAUGUUGGAAAAGACUAUCCCCGCCCAAGUCAUAACCACCACAAAGGUUGAGGAAAAGAUCUUUAUGGAACCUGAUCAUCCCAACUAUGUCGGUCCAUCUUCCAAUUAA